CACGCACAGGUCGUCUGUCGCUCAGAGGGAGAACUCCAGUCAUUACCAGAAAAAGUAAUCUCGUUACAACCAGCAGCCAACGGGAUUCACAACCAAACCGAGGCGCACUGCUAUUGGGUGCAGCGGAUGGGUUGGACUCCGUCACCCCGCUGACUGCUACACUAAUCGCGGGAACGCGACGCGGCCAGUCGCUCCUCUGCCUCCGCUGCGCGCUGGUUAUGGAUCAGGACGCAGCGCGCCUCCCUGCUGUCUGCGGCGCGUAGAAAGGUGCCCAAAUGAACCGCCGCCCUCCCGGCUCCUCUGGAGUGCAAUGGCUUAACAGGAGAGACAUGAGUGUCCGAGCGGACGACAGCAUCACCCUGUGCCAGAGGGCUCUGCAGAUCGUUACGGAACUUUGCCUUGCGGGACACGUGGACCGAGAGAAAUGCGCGGACAUUUUUCCCUUGGAGAGCAGCAUACAAGGUAAAGGACACGCAGACAUCUCUAUCAGCCUCCUUGCUGUGGUUGUGGGUUUCUGUGGCCUCGCCUUGCUGGUAGUCUCUCUCUUUGUCUUUUGGAAGCUGUGCUGGCCCAUUUGGAGGAGCAAGACUCUGUCGACCCACACCGAAAAUGGCCUCCACGUGGGUUUCCCCGAGGCGCCUCCUCCCAGUGCCACCCCGGUCAUCGAGUGCAAAGUGGCAGAGGUGGAGAAGAAACACCCUCCGGAGGUGAAAGUGAACGGACGGAGCAACGUGAAGUACCUUGAAGGAGCCAUGAAGAUCAGUCAGACAUCGCCAGACAUCCCUGCAGAGGUGCAAACAGCCCUGAGGGAGAAGAUCAGCAAACAGCCGACGAAGAUCCAGAGGCAGACGACUGAGCCGACAUCCUCCUCCAGGCACAAUUCGUUCCGGCGCCACCUCCCUCGCCAAAUGAAUGUCAGCAGCGUAGACUUCAGCAUGGACAAAGUGCCUCUCCGCCAGUCGUCUACGGUCAGCAUCGGAAGAAUAAAACCAGAACUGUACAAGCAGAAGUCUGUGGACUCUGAGGAUGAGGCCAAAGGUCACGUCGAAAUCUGUGGGAAGCUCAGUUUCUCGCUGCUUUACGACUACGAGGAGCAGGCCUUGGUGGUGAGGAUCCUCAAGGCCUUGGACCUUCCGGCCAAAGACUUCACAGGCACCUCCGACCCGUACGUGAAGAUCUACCUGCUGCCAGAGAGGAAGAAGAAGUUCCAGACGCGAGUUCACCGCAAGACUCUGAACCCCACGUUCGACGAGACCUUCCGGUUCCCCGUGGCGUACGACGAGCUUUGCAACCGCAAGCUGCACUUCAGCGUCUACGACUUUGACCGUUUCACAAGCCACGACAUGAUUGGCGAGGUCGUGGUGGACAACCUUUUUGAACUGUCUGAUCUGUCGAGGGAGGCAGUGGUAUGGAAGGAUAUCCACGCAGCAACCACAGAGAGUAUCGACUUGGGCGAGAUCAUGUACUCGCUGUGCUACCUGCCCACAGCGGGGAGAAUGACCCUAACAGUCAUCAAAUGCAGAAACCUCAAAGCCAUGGACAUCACAGGCUCUUCAGAUCCGUAUGUGAAGGUUUACCUGGUGUGUAACGGACGGAGACUGAAGAAGAGGAAAACGACAACCAAGAAAAGCACACUCAACCCUGUUUACAACGAGGCCAUCAUCUUCGACAUUCCCCCCGAGAACGUGGAGCAAGUCAGCCUCUCCAUCAUGGUCAUGGAUUACGAUCGGGUUGGACACAAUGAGGUGAUUGGUGUGUGCCGAGCCGGCCCAGAUGCUGUGGGCCUUGGACGAGAUCACUGGAACGAAAUGCUGGCUUACCCGCGAAAGCCCAUCACACACUGGCACGCUCUGGGAGAGGAAAAUACAGUGGCAGGGAAGAGCUGCAAGCUUUGAGAGUCAAGGUUCGUGUCCUUCGCCCAAACCUCUGCAGACUCCCUGACGAUUCCAGGUAGAGUCAGAGCAUCGCUGCCGUGGGAAACCAGAGAUAUUUACUGUUCUGCAGGGAACAGGGAUGGAAAACUGAUCAUUUGUUCUGGGAAUUAUUCACUUGAAUCCAACGUCUUUUAGUGAACCACGGAGACGGCUAUGCACAACACUCACAGGCAUUCAGUUCGACAGUCUAUGGAGAGUUUUUACCAUCCAUCUACAGAGAUUAUAUCAGUAAUAAUAUUAAUAACAAGCAUCUCUUCAAGGAGUCCAUGAUAGUUCAUGUGCAACUAUUUAGUCCCUUUCAGUAUUUCAGCUCUUUUAGCCUUUGCUAUUUUAAUUUGAAAUGGCACAAAGUUAAAGGGCUACGCCACUCAGAGCCAUGGAAACAUUUAGUGAACAAACAAGUCACCAUCCGAUUUCUGCAGGUAGCUAAACAUCUGCAAGGGCUGCGUAAAAUUGAGAAAAUUCAUCCGUCACAUUCAGAGAAACAGCUGCUGCUGCAGGAACGAGUAGCAAACAAAUUACCAGAGCGAUGGAGAUCAAUGAAAUACAAGUUAGUUUGUCUGAAAUUAUUCUGUGCUGUUAGUUUCUGAAAGCCAAACUGAAUCUAAUAAAAAAGCUGAGUAUUUAUUUUUUUACUGACACAAAAGUAUUUAAUAAAACGUAAUCUUUGUACUUCCUUUAUAGUAAAGCUGAGGACUCCAUUGAUUUGGCUUCAGUUGGUCAGAAGUUUCCAUUAAUCUGGGGCUUUUACUGAUCUGUUUGAAUCGUUUUUUCCAAACUGGAUGAUUAUAGAGCUGGAAGGAGUGAGAACAUUUUCCACCCAACAGUUUGGACCCACUUUUACCUCUAAAACUGCUUUAGUUCCUAAUUAAUUUGAUGAAUAAAAGUGUCCAUUUUGACAUUACAGCUUUAAACAGCAGCUGCAAACUCACCCAGUGCAUCAAGAAUGUGGAUCUUGAAAAUAUAAAAUGGUGUCCUUUUGCAUUUAUUAUGGGAUUUGAAAAAACUCUGCUACAAGUUUCAACAAUUUACCAAUUCUUAGGACGGACAUUUCCCAGUUCGUUUUAUGGUCACAAAAAGACGGUUCAAAUAAAUCAUCAAAAAUCUAAAAAUUAUCAACUUCUAUCUGCAACUGUACAUCAGUCAAUCCCACAUUAACAGAUUAUCUCACAUAUUGAAGAAUUGGGAGAUUGAACAAAAACCUCUUUAAUUAAAUAUUCUUCAUAGUCAUAAAUUCAGGGAAGCAUUCUGAAUUCAUCCAUAUCAAAUUCAUUUCUGAAAUCUUCAUGUUGGUAAUAAAAUAUUCAGCCUAGCAAUUAGAGAAAGGCUAUGUACUGUUAUCUUAUUGCACAUGCAGUAUAUGAUGCUUUCCUUCUGCUUUAUCCUCAGUAUGAAAAUGUCCUAUUUUUCUUGUAGCAUGCCUGUUGCCACUUUAAAUAAAAAAAGCACCUACUGAAGGGAAAAGAGUGCAAUGUUUAACUCUAAAAAUCUUAAAUUUUGUGUUUACAGUUGUGUAGAUAUGCACAGAAUCCUGGGUGCACAACUCUGUUUCAACAAAAAGUUGGGACUGUGUAAAUAAAAAGCAGAAUGCAGAGAUGUCAACAUUAAAUUAUCGUAGAUGGCAUAAUAAUCACAACAAAAUUUGGAUUUAUACUCAUUAGAAAAAUCACCAAAUAAGUAAUUCUGCAGAUAAAGAAUCACCAAUAUGGAUCCACUGCAGUUCUCGGAUGGAUUAUCAUGGUUUCUAUGCUAGAAAAUAAGAAAAAUAUAUUUAUUAUCACUAUGUAACUGUAUGCAUAUUGCAAAAAUACUGCCUGAUUGUAAAUGUUGCCUAAUUACUUAAGUAAAAUGCAUAAAAUAAUGAGUUUGAUUAAAACUGCAAAUAUUGAACAGCUCCAAACGCAGAAAGACAUUAAUACAUUUUAGCUUUUCAUUUUCGUUUGCGUUCCCUCGCAAUAAGCAAAUGGUCUAUUUUCUAUUCAGUCACAAACGUCAAUUUAAAAUGUCAAAUAUACAAACAUUUAAAGAGCCUCAGUGAAAAUGUGUUUAUGUUCUUAACUUUAAUUGAAAAUUUAUUUAUUCACUGCAUGUUUGUGUAAGGUUGAGAUGGAACUGCACAUUAAUUUAUUAACCAUUCAGACUACCAACACAAAAAAGACAACUAAAACUGUCAGAUAUUAUAUUAUUACCCUGUGAAAACGAUCUAUUAACAUACAUGGAAAAACCUUAAGAAAACCUUGUAUUAUAGCAGAAAGUACGGUGGAAAGACUAUUAGCAUUCAAUUACGUUAUUGCGAAAGAACGCAAAAGAAAACAAAAUCUUCCCUGUCCACUAAGGAGCUCCGUAGAUUAAACAAAAAACUUCAACUUUCAAAAUUAAAAAAA